GAAGGCCACCCACGCUAUCAGCUGUCAAUAAUCAACAUUCGUCUGCUAGAUUUCGUGACAAGUACUUUGAUUGCUGAAAAUUUGCAGGUUGCAGUUGCAAAUGAAUGAAUGCUGGAACUGAAAGCCCUAGAAUUAAAAGUGUACAGGACGAUAAUUUCUCAAGUUUUGAUAAUGGAACAAAUAAUUUAAGUUUCGUUAGGAGAAAUCCACGCAUCCAGAAAAUCAUUAAUGAACACAAACAAGGAUCAGAAGAACUACCUAUAUCCAUCCCUAGAAUGAUGUCAAGAAAGGGCGCCGCGCCGGGGGACCGGCCCCCCUCCGCCCCCCGGGGUGGCACGGCCUCCCGCCUGGCCUCCGCACUGUCGCAGCAGCCGCCCCCGCGCAGCAGCGUGGCUCGCGCGCUCACCGGCGCACAGGUGAGCGUGCUGGAGCGCCCGGUGACCCAGCAGGGCCUGAGCGGCCUGCGCCCCCCCACGAGGGCCCCCCAGGCCAGGCAGGUCCAGGACAAGCGCUACUUCCAGGGCUUGCUGCAGGUGAAGGCCAGGGACCUGUCCCUCGAGAUCGCUCGGCUCACCAAGGAAAUAGAGACCCACUCCCGGGAGCAGGCCACCUUCCUGGUGUACGACAAGCGGGUCAAAGAGAUGGCUUCACAGCUGACUGACCUGCAGGGCCAGCUGGCCGACCACAACCUGGUGGUGGACAAGAUGAACACGGAGACGGAGAAGGGGGAGGUGGACGCAGAGAGCCGAGAGCUGCGAGCUGCCAACGACAGGCGUGCCGCGGAGCUGGAGGAGCUGUUCGCCCAGCGACAGCUCAGGGACGGCGUGGUCCAGCGGCUGGAGCAGGAGAUCCACCAGGAACGACGCAUGGCUGACAAUCUGCUCGCUGCGAUGAGCCCGUCUCUCCGGAGCCGCUACGCUGAGCUCCAGGAGACCAGCUCACAGCUGCAGCAGCAGAUGGAUGAGCUUCAGCAGCAGUUGGACACACUGACUGCGAGGAAGACUCUUCUCGAAGAUCAGUUGUCUCUCUCAAGGGUGAAGCAGGAAGCGGCGCGGCUGCACCACCGGCUGGGGGACGCUCAGCGGCGCCGGGACGCCCUGCUGGAGGAGGAACGGGCCCGCUCCUCGCCGGCCCAGGAGCGAGAGCAGCUGCUGCAGCGAGUGAGGCAGGACAACGCGGAGACGGCCGCCGUGGAGCGCCGGCUGGCCCAGCUGCGCGAGGCCGCCGCGGCCAGGCAGGGACGCCUCGACCAGCUGGACAAGGACCUGGCGGAGAGCAGCAGCGACCGGCACCAGAAGUACGUGGAGCUGCGGCAGCGGGAGGAGGCCAUGGAGCAGUUCCUGUCGCAGUUCGAGCAGAGCCGCGCCGACGAGACGGUGCGAGCGGAGCGGCUGGAGGCGGAGAUCGUGGCGGCGCUGCAGGAGAUCAGCCUGCACCUGGCCCACUCCGGGAACCUGCCCUCCACCGAGCACUUCUCCGCCAUGAAGCAGGACCUGUCGGCCCGGGAGGGCGAGCUGGAGAGGUCCCGCGAGACCUUCCACAGCCUGUCCAAGGAGCAGCGCCAGCUGCAGUUCACCCUGGAGAAGGUGGGGGCGAUGGAGGACAAGAUGAAGGCGGAGAUGGCCGCCCUGCAGCAGCGCGUGGAGGCCAUGCGGGCGGAGAUGGGCGGGUUGGCAGACCUGGACGGCCUGCGGGAUGCGGCCCGGAGCAAGCGGGAGCGGCUGGAGGAGGAGCAGCGACAGCUGUCCCGGCGCCGAGAGCCAGCGAGACAGCACUUGCUCACCCUGCAGGAGAAGCACACAGCGCUGCAGAAGCAGCUGAACGAAAACGAAACGCACAGUCAGCUGAGCAACUUGGAGCGGAAACUCGCUCAGCUGGAGCAGAACAACUUUGCUGUGAAGGAGUUUGUUGCGUCCAAGAAGUCGGAGACCGACUACGAGCCGCUGAAGAGCUCCGUGGUGGCUGCAGUGCAGGAAUACAACAGCUUGCUGAAGGAGAGCUUGAAGAGUGGUGUAUGCUGACUUCAUGCUGUGAUCUUCAUUCUAGUCACGUGCACAAAGUUCCUGUCAUGAUUUUAAUAAUUUGUAUGUUUGUUUAUGGUUAGAAGUAGUUCCCUAAUUUUUUUAGACACUUUUUUCCUGCAGAAUAAAUUUUUAAUAUUUAAUUACACUGCUGUCAUUGCACAAUUUUAGAGUCAAUAGUUAAUAGGAUAACUAUUUAAAACAGUUGUUCACUUUUGAACAUAGUAUUAUAUGACCAUUUUAAAGAUAAACAUUAAAAGUUGUUUUAUUGUUUUUAUAAUAGUUAUACAUGUAAAGAAAUUUUCAUUUGAAGACUAAUAAAAAUGUCUUGCAUUAGAUA